CUACCACUGCACUUCUUUCUGUCUUUCUCUCGCACCAAACAUUGCCCUUUCCCAUAUUUUCUUCUUCCUUCUGGCCCCUCUUUCCAUAUAUACUGUCGACUGUCGUCAAUCAUGCGUUCUUGGUAGCAAAGCCAAAAACACAAGCCCAACCCCAGCAUCCAUUAAUCUGCAGCCAUAUAAACAAGAGAGGCAGGUCGGCCACUUGUGCAGCGUCUCUUUGUCUUUCCCUCCUCCUCCUCUCCCUUACUCCUUGCUCUCCUCUCACCCUCUACCAUUCAUAAUCCCCUUCGUGCCGGCGCCUCUGCUACUCCACCUCUGCCUCCCAUGAAGGACCGCCGAGGCAGCGGCGACCGCUUCGCCGUCUUCCCCUUCUCCAUGGACUGCAUGUCGCAGUCCGCCGUCUCCGUCGCCGACCCGCACGAGAAGAAGACACAGAGCGACGACCCCUCGUCGUCCUCCUCCUCCACCACCGCCACCACCAACACAACUCAGAGUUCAGAAGGUGGCGGUGAGACCAUGAAGGCGAAGGCCGCGACCACGCCGGCGUCACCAGGAAUCGUCGCCGCAGGGGUUCAGAGGCUGAUCAAGGGGAUGAAGAGCCUGUCGCAGAUGUUCACGGUGUACGACGACGACGAAGAAGAGGAGCGGGAGAUGGUGAUAGGGUACCCGACGGACGUGCAGCACGUGGGGCACAUCGGGUGGGACGGGCACGGGCUGAACAAGGUCGGCGCCAUGGGCAUGGUGAACGCCUUCUCCCUGCCAUCCUCCCUCUCCCUCCGGCAACUCGAGAUGGCCAUGGAGCAGGCGGCGCAUGCUUCAGCUUGACCGCAACACUUGAAAUCAAGUUAGCCUGAGUGAUGGUGGUGGUAAAAUAUUAACAUGGGUGGCGAUGAUUUGCAUUGAAAAUUACAUGCCUUCGUUUUU